AUGGCAGCCUUUCAAGUUAGCGGUUACACCAUUUUAGUUGGUGCUGGUGGCGGUAUUGGUACAGAGCUCGGUGCCACAUUUGCUGAGGCAGGCUCGAGGGGUGUUCUCUUCGCCGAUAUCAACUAUGAAGGAGCCGUCAAAGCUGCCGAGAGCAGCAAAAAAGUAGCUCUAGCUAAGGACUACAAAGCAGUGGCUGUGAAGGUGAACGUGACGGAUCCUAAGUCAGUGCAAGAGAUGGUCGACGUUGCAGUCAAGGAGUUUGGCAGGAUCGACUACGUCGUCAACGCCGCCGGUGUCGAUGGCCGCAGAAACGUUCCGUUCGAUCAAGCGGAUAUUGCCGACUUUGAUCGCGUGUUCGACAUUAACGCCAAGAGCAUAUUAUACGUCACUCAAUCCGUUGCUAAGGUCAUGAAGGCUCAAGACUCGGCCAAAAUUGAGCUAGGACGUCACGGCGUCAAAGACCUCGGUCGUGGAUCGAUCGUCAACAUUUCUUCUAUCUUGGGAAUUAGCGCUCUACCCAACAAGGUGGCUUACAUCACUUCUAAGCACGCUGUUGGAGGACUUACCCGAGCCUGCGCUGUUGACUACAAGGCACUCGGCAUUCGGUGUAAUCAGGUCUGCCCCUCAUGGGUUGACACCCCCAUGUCCCACGAGGAGUAUAACCGAAUUCCUCAACUGCGUGGUCUCAUCGAGCAGCUACCUGCUGCUGGGCGUCUGAUUGCACCCUACGAGGUAGCAUCUGCCUGUCUAUAUCUCUGCACGCCGGCAGCGUAUUAUAUCAACGGUAGCACGUUGACUUUGGAUUCGUGCGUCCUAGUUGGACCUGCUGUACCUGCUGUGGAGUAA